UAGCUUAUGUGCAUAUACUCAGACUCUAAAUUCUCUCUCUUUGAAUCUCAAUUUGAACCUUCUAGUGUUGAGAGAUCAUUUGUAACCAAGCUUUGUUGCAUUUGUCUUUUGAUACAAAAUGGGAAGACAACCUUGUUGUGACAAAGUUGGGUUGAAGAAGGGGCCAUGGACUGCAGAGGAGGAUAAGAAGCUCAUCACUUUCAUCCUCACUAAUGGUCAAUGUUGUUGGAGAGCUGUUCCAAAACUAGCAGGACUAUUAAGGUGUGGGAAGAGUUGCAGGCUCAGGUGGACCAAUUAUCUGAGGCCAGACUUAAAGAGAGGCCUGUUAUCAGAAUAUGAAGAGAAAAUGGUCAUUGAUCUUCAUGCUCAACUUGGCAAUAGAUGGUCUAAGAUUGCUUCUCAUCUCCCUGGAAGAACUGAUAAUGAGAUAAAAAACCAUUGGAAUACCCACAUAAAGAAAAAAUUGAAGAAAAUGGGCAUUGAUCCUGUCACUCACAAGCCCCUCUCUAAUGCAACUGAACAAAUUCAAAAUCAACCAAAACAACUACACCAACCAGAAGAACAGCAGGACCAACAACCUUUGCAAGUUGACUUUGACCCCAAAUUUGAACAGAAUAAGGAGACAGAGAAGCCAGAGACUUCAUUGGAUUCAUCAACCAUCACUGAAGCCAAAGAGGAAGACAAAAUUAUGACACCCCAGUUUGACACAACGGAUCUGAUGGAUGGGUUUUGCACAGAUGAAGUUCCAAUUAUAGAACUUGAUGAGAUUCUAGUGCCUUGUGCUCCUUCCUCUUCAUCUUCCUCUACCUCCUCUUCAAAUUCAACCAACUUCCUUGAAGACCUACAAUUCCCGGAUUUUGAAUGGUCUUGUAAUUACAAUGAUAAUAAUAGUAUUAACAAUAACAACAAUGAAAACAACAUCAUCAUCAACAACAACAGCACUAUGGCCUUGUGGGAUGAUGACUUUAUUAGCACUCUAGAUUUUCUGAUUAAUGAUGAUGAUGAUGCUGAUAGAAAGCAAGUAUUUGAUGCUCCUCUCACUCAGUACUCAAGAAUGGUCAUGGAUUCAGAAUCUUGGGCAUAUGAGUUGUUUUGAUUUUAAUUCUUCUCACCUUUCCUUCUGCCUCACUCGUAAUUUGCUUCUAAGUUUUACGAAGAAUAAACAGUGAAUCAUUUAUUAGGAAGAAC